CCACCGUGCUUUAUCAUGCCAACAAAAUAUCGGCACGACACAGCCCCCGUGCCGAUGGUGAAUGAUGGUUCUUGCCUCUCCAAUAUGCAAUGUGUAAUGAUCCCUGAUGCUGAAGGCUAUGACCAGGUGGAAUUAAGAACUGUCACAGCUGGGGCAUCUGUACUAGUAGAGGGAGUUGUGGUUAGCAGUCAAGGUGCUAAGCAGAAAGUGGAAGUGAAGGUGGCAAGGCUUGUCAUGAUUGGAAAAUGUGACCCGUUGACGUAUCCUAUACAAAAGAAAAGAGCAAGCAGAGAAUUUUUGAGAACCAUAGCUCAUCUUCGUCCUCGAACAAAUACAUUCGGCUCAGUCACAAGAGUGAGGAAUGCAUUGGCUUAUGCAACUCACAAAUUUUUCCAAGAAAAUGGAUUUGUGUGGAUCUCUAGCCCAAUUAUCACUGCUUCAGAUUGUGAAGGAGUGGGAGAACAAUUCUGUGUUACUACUUUGAUGUCAAACACUCGUGAAAGUAAUGAUUGCCCAAUAACUACCAUUCCUACUACUAAGGAUGGUAAAGUUGAUUGAUCACAGGAUUUCUUUGGGAAACCCGCAUUCUUGACAGUGUCUGGCCAACUAAAUGCUGAAACAUACGCAUCUUCUCUUUCUGAUGUGUACACAUUUGAUCCUACAUUUAGGGCAGAAAAUUCUAACACCUCAAGACAUCUAGCUGAAUUUUGGAUGAUUGAACCUGAGCUUGCCUUUGCCGAUCUGAAUGAUGACAUGGCUUGUGCAACUGCCUAUCUCCAGUAUGUAGUAAAAUUUGUUCUAGAAAACUGCAAAGAAGAUAUGGAUUUCUUUAAUACAUGGAUUGAGAAAGGAAUAAUAGACCGAUUAAAUAAUGUGGCUGAGAAAAAUUUUGUUCAGCUGACAUAUUCGGAUGCAAUUGAGCUACUUCUUAGAGCAGAAAGAAAAUUUGACUUCCCGGUGAAGUGGGGAUUGGAUUUGCAAAGUGAGCAUGAAAGAUACAUCACGGAGAUUGCUUUUGGCGGGCGACCAGUAAUUAUCAGAGAUUAUCCAAAGGAAAUUAAAGCUUUCUAUAUGAGGCAAAAUGAUGAUGGGAAGACGGUCGCUGCUAUGGAUCUGUUAGUUCCUAGGGUUGGUGAGCUUAUUGGUGGAAGCCAAAGAGACGAGCGUCUUGAUUAUCUGGAAGCUCGAUUGGACGAGUUGAAUCUCAACAAGGAAAACUACUGGUGGUACCUCGAUCUUCGACGCUUUGGCUCAGUUCCUCAUGCUGGUUUUGGCCUGGGAUUCGAACGGCUUGUACAGUUUGCAACCGGGAUUGAGAAUAUAAGGGAUGCAAUUCCUUUCCCUCGGACUCCUGGUUCCACAGAAUUUUAAUACCAAGAACCAUUAAAAAGAAAAAAAAAAAAGAAGGUAUUCUUUCAUGGUAUAAGAUCACUGAGACGUUUAAGUGGUAAUAUAUUUACUGAUUUAUUCUUGUAAAUCGUGCUAAACAAACAGGUAUAAAUCUUUUGAGUGGGACGUAUCGAAGUUGUCACAAGCAAACAUUUAAGCCAAAUUUUUGUCAAAAGAAGCAUGUCGCCAUUAAUGAUUUUGCAAAGCAUCCUUAGUAUUAUUAGUGUAUGUUUAUUUUAAGUUUUA